AUGUUGUUGCAGUGGUGUAUCUGUGCUGCUGCUGUGCUCAUGGCUCAGAGGAGGGCUGCAGGAGGCUGCUGCUGCCCCAGAGCGCCCAUGAAUGAAGACAACGCUCGUUUCUGCCUGCUGGCCGGCCUCAUCUUGCUCUACCUGCUGUGCGGAGCUGCCAUCUUCUCGGCCUUGGAACACCCCUUUGAGCUCCGCGCGCGUCUUCUCUGGAAACAGCAGCUGGACAACUUCACCAGGCGAUACAGGGUCAACCUGGGGGCCCUGCACACGCUGCUGCGGCAGUAUGAGGAGGCCAACGGAGCUGGGAUCAGAGUGGACACGCUGAGGCCACGCUGGGACUUCUCUGGAGCUUUCUACUUUGUGGGCACUGUGGUCUCCACUAUUGGCUUUGGCAUGACCACACCAGCGACCAUAGCAGGAAAAAUAUUCUUAAUCUUCUAUGGCCUUAUUGGCUGUGCUGCCACCAUCCUCUUCUUUAACCUCUUCCUGGAGAGGAUCAUCACCAUGUUAGCUUACAUCAUGCGCUGGUGCCAUGAGCGCCGGCUGAGGUGUGCUGGAGUCGGGGCCAUGGCGAGCAGGGAGGAGUCAUCCGGUGAGGAGGACAGUCUGGAAGGCUGGAAGCCAUCAGUCUAUUACGUGAUGCUGAUCCUGGGAGUGGCAUCUAUUGUGAUUGCAUGCAGUGCCUCCACUCUGUACAGCUCCAUGGAGAACUGGAGCUACGUGGACUCUCUCUACUUCUGCUUUGUGGCCUUCAGCACCAUUGGCUUCGGGGACCUGGUGAGCAGUCAGAGGCAGCAGUAUGAGUCUCAGGAGGCCUACCGGUUUGGAAACUGCCUUUUCAUCCUAAUGGGAGUAUGUUGCAUCUACUCACUUUUCAACGUCAUCUCCAUUAUCAUCAAGCAAACUCUGAACUGGAUCCUGGGUAAGAUGGUCUGCUCAGGGAAGCAUCAGCUGUGUUCCUGCUCCACACCCGGCUGCUGGUGCCUCUGCUGCCCCUGCCUCCAGAAUAAAAAUCAAAAGCAGAGGCGUCCACCUGCAAACUUCAGACCCAAACGCAUGAAACGCAACGCGGUGCAGCCCGUCUCAUCCCACCGGCCUGCAGGGAAGCACCGCUACACCGGCGGCUCGGUGGAGUCUGUGUGCGGCAGCGAGACGGACGGCGGCGCAGUGGCUGAAGUGUACGUGGGGCGUCGCAUGUCAGGAGAGAUGAUCUCUGUCAACGAGUUCAUGGUUUCAAAUAAGGUGUCUCUGGCACUGCUGCAGAAGCAACUGAGUGAAACAGCUCACCAGGGCCCACGGCAGAGCUACGGCCAUCAGAACGGAUUCUCUGGUGGUGUGGGGGCUUUGGCCAUCAUGAAUAACCGCCUGCAGGAGACCAGUGUGGACAGAUAG